GAGAAAGAGCCGGGACCACAGUGGGAAAGAGGCAGAGAUACAGAGAGGAAAGAUUCACGGCGUGCAUCAGUUUGUGUGUGUGUGUGUGUGUGUGUGUUUGAGUGUGUGUAGCAGCCAGUAAUUACCUUCCAGCGUCUGAACCAAUCAAGAGCCACAGAGAGGGAGAGAGAGAGACAGAGAGAGAGGAAGAGCUAUAGAGGGAGGAAGCCCAUUUAGAUUCUCAGUCUAUUCCCCGGCAAAGAGGUAGACAGUGUGUUUAUUGAAUCAGAGCCAGGGAGAAGGGACGGAAGUGUUUUCUUGGCAAACGGCACAGCUCAUCCUUUCUCAUAAUUUGCCAAGACGUGCCGGUUUGGAAAACAGAUGGACAAGAUGAACCACAGCUCAGCCGAGGCGGAGGCUGAAACCAUAGAGCCACUGCGUUACCUCAGUAAAGGGGAGGCAGCAGCCAUCGAGACAGAGCUACUGAGGGACUACCGGUUUGGGCAACAGCAGCUGAUAGAGAUCUGGGGACAAGCAUGCGCCACCGCCAUUACUAAGGCCUACCCUCUCAACACUCUAUCAAAGAAGCAGCCAACAGUGCUGGUCAUCUGCGGUCCAGAUCAAAAUGGCUCCAUCGGCCUGGUGUGUGCCCGAUACCUACGCAUGUUUGAAUAUGAGCCCACCAUCUACCACCCGAAACGCUCCUCUCAAAGUCUACACCAGGACUUCACAGUUCAGUGUGAGAAGAUGGACAUCCCUUUCCUCUCCUAUCUCCCCACAGAGGUCCAACUCAUAAACGAUGCCUACAACCUUGUGAUUGACGCCAUGUUGGGCCCAGAGGCGGACCAAGCCAACAUUAAGGAGCCCUACUCUGGUAUUCUAGUCACCCUGAAGCAAAUCAAGACCCCCAUUGUCAGUGUGGACGUACCCUCAGGUUGGGACGUAGAAGAACCAAGUCAGGACGGGAUCAGCCCCGAUGUUCUCAUCUCACUUACAGCACCGAAGAAGUGCGCCAUGAGGUUCUCAGGGAAGCAUUUCUUGGCCGGACGCUUCCUGCCCUAUGACAUCCAGAAAAAAUACGAGCUUAACCUCCCAGACUAUCCUGGCACAGACUGUCUCAUAGAAUUGUAACACAUGGGGAAACGUAACAGCCAGAGUGGCCGCUCCUCGUUUUCAGAAACAUAUGGUUAAUCUAUUCUCUUGUUUUGUAUUUUAUAGAUUGUUACUGUGAGUUAACGUUAACAUCUCAGUUGUGUAGACCUGGCUACGCACUAGCCACAUGUGUGCUGUUGAACUGCAGUAGAGAGAUAAUAUUGUCUUUAAAAUGUCUUUUUAGGGAACGGCAUGAGGAGUUUCUGUGUCAGUCUACCUGUAAAAGCUGUAGCAUUGCACUGUUUACUGAUUUCUGCAAAAGACAAAAUUUUAUUUUCCCCACAGUCGACAAAAGAAGAUGACUUUUAACGUUCUGGAUUUUUUUUUGGUUCAUGUUCUGAAGCUUGAUUUGUUUUGUUUUACUUUCUACCCAAAUGUUGCUGCUGAGAUUUAAUGAGUGUAGGUUGGCAAGUUUGAACUUUCUGUUGUGUUAUUGGUUUGUUUGGUCAGCCGGAGCUUGCUUUUGUUUCAGUUCCUUCAUAAGCUGUUACAAAAGGCCCAGACAGUUCUUGUUGAUCAAUUAAAGAGUUUCCUUUUAAAGGA